CCAGAAAGUGUUUCCAGCAUCUCCUACCUUUACACAGGCUCACUAUCAUCGUAGCCUUUGGUCAAACACAUAGUAAAAACAAAUAUUAGCUGAAAAAGCACCUUGAUAGUGUGCUCCAUUUAACUCAUGUGGUCUCUUUUCCAGCCUCUAGCACAGAAGAUGAUCUCUGGAAAUGAUCCUGUUCCAAAGUGUCUGGUGCUACAAAUCAUGGCUGAACCUCAGGGUCUGUCUUGUCCUGCAAAUUUGGCUGAAACCCAUGUCUAGAAAACAAUGCCAGGAACUAAACACCUUUCACUCGAAGCCUGAGUGGGCUGAGGUGACGGAGGUGGCUCUGUGCUGCAACACGUGUUUAGAAAGAAGUCAUGUGAGCUUCUGAGCUGCGGGGACAGAGACAGUGAAGAACGUGUGCAUCAGUGCAGAGUGCUGCUGGAGCCCUGGCAGAGCGAGAGGGAGGCAGAGGGAGCCUGAGAGAGAAAAGGCGAAGUGGUGGGAGCUGGAACAGCAGCAGCAUCUGCUGCUGUUGCUGCUGCUGCACGGUACAGCUCAUGCCUGGGAGCCGGCUCUGCUGCCAGCACGCCUCUCUGAGGGCACAGGAGCCUCACAUUCUAAAGUCCUAGGUGGUCUGUGGCACUUCCAGGAGCUGAGCACAGCGGCUUUUUCUUUUCUUUUCCUCCAAGGAGCACCUGUGUGAGGACUCCACUUCUUUUCCUGGACUGGAAAGCAUACCUGCCUCCUGCUGUGUGCACUCUCCUCCUGGUCUCCCUCCUGCCUGUGGGGACUGUACCCCUAUGGAUGCCCCCAUACAGAUUUUCCGUGAGGAGCCAGACUCCACCUGCUCCCCAGGGCCCUGCCGACCCCCCAGCACCAGCAGCAGCUGGCUGCCAGGCUGGGCAGACUAUGACAGCAACGCCACUGGGCUCUUUGGGGAUGGCCAGCACAACCACACCAGCAUCUCCCCUGCCAUUCCCAUCAUCAUCACUGCUGUCUACUCGGUGGUCUUCGUGGUUGGCUUGGUGGGAAACUCCCUGGUCAUGUUUGUCAUCAUAAGGUACACAAAGAUGAAGACGGCGACCAACAUCUACAUCUUCAACCUGGCUAUGGCAGAUGCUCUUGUUACCACGACCAUGCCUUUCCAAAGCACCGAGUACCUGAUGAACUCCUGGCCCUUUGGUGAUGUGCUGUGUAAAAUAGUGAUUUCUAUUGACUAUUACAACAUGUUUACCAGCAUUUUCACACUCACCAUGAUGAGUGUUGAUCGAUACAUUGCUGUGUGUCACCCUGUGAAGGCUCUGGAUUUUCGUACACCUCUCAAAGCAAAGAUAAUCAACAUCUGCAUCUGGCUGCUGUCCUCAUCUGUUGGUAUAUCAGCAAUAGUUCUUGGAGGCACCAAAGUCAGGGAAGAUACUGCUAGCACUGAAUGCUCCUUGCAGUUUCCAGACAGAGAUUAUGUGUGGUGGGACAUCUUCAUGAAAAUCUGUGUUUUCGUCUUUGCAUUUGUUAUUCCAGUUCUCAUUAUAAUUGUUUGCUAUACUCUGAUGAUUCUGCGCCUGAAAAGCGUACGGCUUCUCUCCGGGUCUCGAGAAAAAGAUCGAAACCUGCGUCGCAUCACCAGGUUGGUUCUCGUGGUUGUGGCAGUUUUUAUAAUCUGCUGGACUCCUAUUCACAUUUUUGUGCUGGUUGAGGCCCUAGGGGACGUGUCCCACAGUACUGCUGCCAUAUCCAGCUAUUACUUCUGCAUUGCUUUGGGUUACACCAACAGCAGCCUCAAUCCAAUCCUUUAUGCGUUUUUGGAUGAAAACUUCAAGAGAUGCUUCAAGGACUUCUGCUUCCCCUUCAAGAUGAGGAUGGACAGGCAGAGCACCAGCAGAGUCAGAAACACUGUGCAAGACCCAGCUUACAUGAGGGAAGCAGGUGGGACAAACAAACCUGUAUGACUAGUUGUGGAAAUGUCAUCUUACUGUCCUCAGGAGAGAGAGGAGUCCAACGACCUCGGACUGACGCAGAUUACCACUGCAGUUUGAAAUCGACUCACCCAGACAGACAUUUCUGGAAUGUGUCAGAAAUCCCAGCAAGUUUACUAUCAAUAAAAAAGAAUCUCCUGAAAACAAGCUCAAAUUAAGAGGACCUGGAUGAUGGUCAGGUUUUGGCACCACAUCUGUUGUUCUUGAGCCAGCACUACAACACACUUUUGCAGGGUGAGGAGAUAGUGUUUCACCUGGUGAUUCUGGAUGAGAAUACUUCUGGCUCUUCUCUUUACAAUAUAUAACAUUGUAGUAAGCAACUUUUGGUCAGAAAACUGAGCUACACCAGAAACUUCUGCUCCAACAGUGAUUGCUUCUAAAGUACAGAGUUUGAUAACUUGAUCCUCUUUAACAGUGAAGAGUGUUAGGUUUCUGUGAACAAUGCCAGAGCUAUAAUAAAUAUUGUCCUCAAUUAAUAUAUCUGUAACCCUUGUCUGUGCUGUGAAAUUUAAGCAUGAUCUACCUACAUACCAAAGUGAUUUUAUUGUAUCUGUGUAUGGUAAAGCCUUUUGGCAAUCAAAAACAUUGAAAUUUAAGGAGAAUUGUUAUCACAUGUUUAAUCACCUAUGUGUAAUAUUUUGUAUGUGUGAUUUUCCAAGGUGGUUGUUUCUUUAUUGAGUCUGAAUAAUUAAUAUAUGCAUUUUCAGAGUGUAUAUUGAACAAGAAUCUAGAAAACUUCAAAUACUUCACUUGUUAAAAAAGUGAUGAAAAGCUGUAUUACAUGCAUUACAUGGAGGAAACACUCUGAUGUGUAACUUGUUUUCCUGGACAAUAUGUAAGCAGACUGAAAUAAAUAUUUGACAAAUUAGAAACAAGUGAAGUAGCACAUGAAUUAACUGCAUUGAUACAAUGGAAAUUAAAUAUUACUGGAUGCUUUAAUGGCAUUUGACAGAAAAAGUUCCUGGUUUAUUGAUGCUGAUAUAUUUUCUUUGACACAGUCCUAUGAAGUCAGUAAUUUUCUCUGUUUUCCUGUGAAGAUGGAGGUAUCAAGGCAGAGCAAAAUAAGUUUCUAGAUUGCUGAAGGCAAAACUGAGCCUAAUUUCCAGUCUGCAGACUUUUGUCUUCCUGAUGUUAUAUAUUACAACUCCCACUACUGCUAUUGCUGAAAUUUGGAGGAAUGCUCUCAUUAUCUUCACCCUUAACAGAUACACCGUAUAUCUUCUUGUUAAUUUUGUUCUAUAUACAAAAGAAAGAAUAAGGUGGAUGCCUUCAUCUCAUGGUAGAUUUUCUCAGAAACACAAUCUGAUUUGGUCCUACCAGACCAAAAAUUCUUUAUGCACGCCAGUACAAAUAAUGAAUUUUAUCUUGGACUAGCUAGUAGUCCAGUUUCUGUGGAAGAGUUGCGGAAAUUCAGCCUGCAAGACUUCCAUACACUUAAUUGUUAAUAUAGUCAUGUGUGUAAUAUUGAUAUCAAGUUGAUAUAUGAUGUUGUGGUUGAAUAUUCAAGGUAACUCUUUCUGGACAAUUCUAGCACUUUCUGGUUGUUUCUACAUGAAGAAUGAAUGGCUGACCCUCAUGCUUGCUUUACCUGAGGAAAUGAAUGAUGCUCACACAACUGCUGAAUGAGUGUCACCUCCUAUUCUGUAAUUCAUUCAUUUUUUAACAUGCAUCCACCUUUCUAAAUUAGGUCCUGAUCUUUAAAUGGCCACAAAAAGAGAAUGUUUAAGACAAAAGUUGAAAAUCUAAGAUAUUUAUCAAGUUAGGAGCAAGUGAAAUGGGAAAGAACUAGAAUCUAAUUAACUAUUUUAAUUCAAAAUAACCUGUGUUAUUUUUAAUGACUUACCAUUUGCAUAUGUAUGUCUGUACUUGAAUAGAAUUUUGUUCUACACAUUAUGUGCAAUACUCUGUAUUGUAAUGAAAAAUCAAUGUUCUUAAUUUGCAAAAAGGAGGCUUCUAAUAAUAUUUUUGGAGGUUUAUGUUUUUAAGAAGGAGAUCAUAAUUUCUAUCAUAGUGGGAGGAAAGUAGAACUUCCUAACAAUUAAGCUUACAAAAUGUUAUAAGAAUGUGUCCUAAAAGUUUAUUUUUUUCUUGGAAUAUUAACACCAAGUUAGUUUGAAUGCAGUAGAAAGGUGUCUCAGAAGUUUUCUUGUCAAAUUAAGCAGCUUAUUACACUUCACUGAACAACAGCAGAAAACUGGCCAAGGUGUCUGUAACACAUGAGAAAGUACAUUAAAAAUGAUACAAUGGUUUUACUCAGAAUAUGCCUGUAGAUGAUUAAAUUCCCAUUGCAAAGCACUUCAUUUUCUUUGUAACUCCUGGCCUUGCCUUCUCUCUCAUGUUGUCUCCAGGAGGGAGCAAGAGGUGAAGGCAAGGUAGGAGCUGCCUGGCCCAGGAGUUUGUCUGGGUGGGGAAUGGGACAACAGGGACAGGCUGUGCUGUCCCAUGGGCCCUGGAGGAAGAUAACUUGGGGCAGACACAUGCAGGAAGCCUGGGAAUUAGUUGUACUUGCUGAAACCACUCUUACCUCCCUUUCUUUUUGGAGGUUCCAAAAAUUCAGUAUUGCGAAAGUCAUGGACCUGUUUGUGGGGCUAAAUUCCAAUCAAUCAACUAGUGUGGAUAGUUAAUAUGUCAAUUUUUGUCUUUUCUGCUUCUUUUAACUGAGAAAUCUUUUAUUUGGAAAAUAUAAUUGGUGUUCUGGUACAGGACAGACCAACAUAUGGCAGAGAAAUGAUGCUCAGAUGCUGAGAAACAACCUCAAGUGUAGUUAAUGAGCAAUAUCUCAACAUGAUGAGAAAUUCAGAGGAAACUGAAAAUGAAAUUUUUCUUCUGUGAAAGACAAAAGGAAAACACACCAGUUUGAGCCAGAAUUCCCUUUGGCUCUGUUAAAUUAAUGUAAUCUUUGCAAAAAAGACAGGGAGAGUGUGCUGGAAUAUUUUUUUCCUUAAUUUUUUAUCAAUUCUGAAUCAAACAUAAUCAUUGUAAAUGUGGCUGUUUUCUUCCCAUUGAAGUUUUUUCUUCAGAAAAAAAUGUGGAUUCAGAAAAAAUGGUUGAGUUUGUGGUAAGUUAUGUAAUCUGUCAAAUAAAAAAAUUAAUUGUA